UUUUUUUUUUUUUUAUUUCCUUAAUUUAUUUUAUAUUAUCUAAACAUGUCUGACUGGGAUAAGACUACCGUUCUUCGCAAGCGUGACCCUACAAAGGCAAAGGUUGCUCGUAGCGAAUCUGAUCUUAAUGCUGCCAGAAGAGUUGGUGCUGCUAUUGUUACUGAAAAGAAAUCGACCGUAACCAACUCUAGUCAUGCUGAUACAGAUCAUCGUCGUAUUGCUAAACUUGACCGUGAAAAUGACGUUCCACCACCACCUCGUGUUGAUAUGUCUGUUGGUAAGGCUAUUCAAAAGGGACGUCAAGCAAAGGGUAUCACACAAAAGGACUUGGCUCAACUUAUUAAUGAAAAGCCUCAAGUUGUAAAUGAAUACGAAGCUGGUAAGGCUAUUCCCAACCAAAACAUUCUUGGUAAAAUGGAGCGUGCUCUUGGUAUCAAGUUAAGAGGAAAGAAUAUUGGUGAGCCUUUGACAUUUGGCAAGAAGAAGUAAAGCUAUACAUAAACAAAUACAUGAUAUACAUAUAAUACAUACGCAUAUAUAUACAUAUAUAUACAUAUAUACAUAUAUAUUAUGCCUUAUAUAUACACAUUUAUAACCUUUUUUAUUCUUUCUUUACAAGCAUCGC